AGCCUCCUAUUUGGAAAUUAGGGCAGCGCAUCCCUAUAAAUACCCAGUCACGCCGGUCACUCGCAGUCCUUUCAGUUCCAGUGCGAUUUUUGUGGAAUUGCCUUGAUCAGCCAUAAUGUCCAAGCUCACAGGGGUCAUCCAUGAGAUCAUUGAAAUAUUCCUAAGCUACUCUGGGGGGGAAUGUGGCCCCCACAAGCUGAACAAACAUGAGAUGGACAAACUAAUUCAGAAUGAGUUCUCUGAUGUCAUCAAGAACCCAAAGGAUCCAAAGACUGUUGAAGCUUUGAUGAAAGUCCUUGAUCAGAAUAAAGAUGAAGAAGUUGACUUUGAUGAAUUCUCUGAACUGCUGUGCAAGGUUCUUAAAGCCACCUACCGUGCUAUGCAACAAAUGGAGAAAGGGUGCCCAAAGAAAGCCCCAGUUUGGAAGAAUCAAGAGGAGACUGAUAAAAAAACACAAGUAACUCAAGAUGAACACCACCAAUCAAAGCCUGUUGAAGGCAAACCUGAGUCCCCUACUAAAUACUACCAGGAUCCAGUAGUGUACCCUGAUCUUGAUAAGACUAAAGAGGGGGAGCAGAAAGACCAAGGAAAGAAACCAGCCAACCAGGUCUACUCAACAGAUGCAAAGUCCCAAAGCAUCACCAUUCAAACAGGUCAAACUGCAACAACAACGGCAACAGGAGACAAUCAGCAAAGCCAGAAAGCUGACCAAAAGCCAACUCAAGAAACUGGACCAGUGAAACCAGUCACAGACAAAACAGUUCAACAAACCCAGCAGGACAAAGAUAAGAAGGAUCAAGUACCAAUUCUAGUCAAACCAGUGACCCAGAUUACCCAGGACAAAAAAGAUCAGGUAGUCACACAAAUUGAACAGGACAAAGAUAAGAAGGAUCAAGUACCAAUUCCAGUCAAACCAGUGACCCAGAUUACCCAGGACAAAAAAGAUCAGGUAGUCACACAAAUUCAACAGGACAAAGAUAAGAAGGAUCAAGUACCAAUUCCAGUCAAACCAGUGACCCAGAUUACCCAGGACAAAAAAGAUCAGGUAGUCACACAAAUUCAACAGGACAAAGAUAAGAAGGAUCAAGUACCAAUUCCAGUCAAACCAGUGACCCAGAUUACCCAGGACAAAAAAGAUCAGGUAGUCACACAAAUUCAACAGGACAAAGAUAAGAAGGAUCAAGUACCAAUUCCAGUCAAACCAGUGACCCAGACUACCCAGGACAAAAAAGAUCAGGGAGUCACACAAAUUCAACAGGACAAGGAUAAGAAGGAUCAAGUACCAAUUCCAGUCAAACCAGUGACCCAGAUUACCCAGGACAAAAAAGAUCAGGGAGUUACACAAAUUCAACAGGACAAAGAUAAGAAGGAUCAAGUACCAAUUCCAGUCAAACCAGUGACCCAGAUUACCCAGGACAAAAAAGAUCAGGUAGUCACACAAAUUCAACAGGACAAGGAUAAGAAGGAUCAAGUACCAAUUCCAGUCAAACCAGUGACCCAGAUUACCCAGGACAAAAAAGAUCAGAGAGUUACACAAAUUCAACAGGACAAAGAUAAGAAGGAUCAGUUACCAAAUCCAGUCAAACCAGUGACCCCAACUGUUCAGAAAGAAAGCCAAGUACCACAAACAAGCAAACCCACCACUCAAGUAACACAGCCAGACCCAAAGAGUAAUCAGACACCUCAAACAGUGCCUACUGCUACCCCUCAAAUUCCUCAGAUGCCCCAAAUGUAUCAACAGUCCCAACCCCCUCAAAUGUAUCAGCAGACCCAGCAGCAUGUGCACCAAUACCAGUCCCACGUUUCCACCCAGAAGAAAAACCCUUAAGGUCAUGAACACUAGGAAGGAUCUGUGUGUCCUACAAGAAGUCAAUGUGCCACUAUGUGCUUAUACUGCAGAGCUUGCUUCUCUCUCUUUUGUUGCACAAUAAAGUGAUGGUUUCCCUGUG